UAAAAGCCUCGCGCAUGCGCACUUUGCAAAGCACAAUCCACAAACACGCUCUCACACACUGCACAUUUGACUUCAUUCCAGCAAAGACACGAAGAGGCGCACAAGAGGGAGGGCCGAGAUGUUCCGCAGCAUUAAGGUGUUCGUGCUCUGUCACGGUUUGCUGCAAUUCUCGCAACUGCUUUACAGCUCCUACUUCAAAAGCUCCCUCAGCACGGUGGAGAAGCGCUACGGCCUCAGCAGCUACUCCGCCGGAACUCUAUCCUCCCUGCACGAGGUGAGCAACUGCGUGUUGAUUGUUUUCCUGAGCUACUUCGGGAAUCGGGUGCACCGCCCUCGUGUCAUUGGCAUCGGCGGGUUAUUGAUGGCCAUUAGCGCCGUCAUGCUCGCGCUGCCUCACUUCCUGUCCAACCCGUACAAGCACGACUCUGUGAUACUGAAGCGUGAGGACAUUUGCGACGCACAGAGGAACUCCAGUGCUUUAGAGUCUUGCGGCCGUGACGAGAGCAGGCGAUUGGCCGACACGAACACUCUGUGGGUGCUCAUGGCCGCCGCCCAGCUGCUGUUCGGCGUGGGUUCCGUUCCCAUGCAGCCCUUCGGCAUCUCAUACAUAGAUGACUUCGCCGCGCCAGGGAACUCGCCACUCUACAUAGCCAUCUUAUUUGCCGUUUCCGUGUUCGGGCCCGCCUUUGGCUUCCUGUUGUGCUCAGUCAUGCUUCGCAUCAACGUGGACGUGGACAAAAUCGCUUCAGACAGCGUCAUGGAUGAGGCGCUGAGUCCAGGCGACCCCCGCUGGGUAGGCGCCUGGUGGAUGGGCCUUCUCAUCACGUCGGUCUUCCUGGCACUCACUUCCCUGCCAUACUUCUUCUUCCCUCGCUCUAUACCGUCAGAGGGGCGGAUGAUUGGAAGGGAAUCCAGAGUGGACUUCAAGAAGCCUCGUGUCUCUUUGUACGACUUCUUAAAAAUGUUUCCCAAGAUGUUCUUCCACCUUCUAUUGAGUCCACUUUUCCUGGUCCUGAUCCUGGCCCAGUGCUGCUUCUCUUCAGUGAUCGCCGGCCUCUCCACUUUCCUCAACAAAUUCCUAGAGCGCCAGUACAGCGCAUCUGCUGCUUACAGCUCCAUGCUGGUCGGUGCGGUGAAUCUUCCGGCCGUGGCGGUGGGCAUGCUUGCGGGCGGCGUGGUCAUGAAGCGGACGGGAAUGUCGCUGAAAAACAUCCCUCGUUUCUCUGUACUCAUGUUGAGCAUCUCUACGCUGAUGUGUGUGCCGCUAUUUUUCAUGGGAUGCUCCACAAACAAAGUGGCUUACAACGGACAGCACAGUUCUCUAUCCACGUGCUACGCCAACUGCUCGUGCCCCUCGGGCGCCUUCAAACCUGUGUGCGGUUCUGAUGGAGUGGAGUACAUUUCUCCAUGUCAUGCUGGAUGCACCAACUUCACUAAAAGCCCAAACAACUCGCAUACCAUCCAGCUGUACACUAACUGCAAGUGCGUAUCAGGCAGCAAGAAUGAGGCGCUGCCGUCGCCGUGCCCUAACAAGUGCCCACACUUCUUGCUUCCGUUCAUCCUGGUGCUGUCGGCGGGGGCGUUAAUCGCAUGCCUCACACACAAUCCCAUGUACAUGAUGCUGCUCAGAAGUGUUGCGUCAGAAGAGAAGUCAUUUGCCAUUGGGGUUCAGUUUCUACUACUGAGGCUUUUGGCAUGGCUUCCGGCGCCGGCGCUGUUCGGCACAGCCAUCGACACGUCGUGCAUCUGGUGGAAGCACGUGUGCGGGAAGAAGUUCAGUUGUGGCUACUAUGACAAUGACGUCUUGAGGAACAGGUAUCUGGGCUUGGUAGUGGGCUACAAGGUGAUGGGCGUGGCACUACUGGCCAUCCUGGGCUGGAAAGUGUUGCGGACACAGGAAUACAGUCUAGAGAAGAGGCCUGAUGGCAUGCUAUAAAACUCGUCCCCUUUCCCAUCUUGUAGUGGGGAUGCUCAAAAGACCAAAAUGUGGUAAUACCUCACGGCUUCUGCAGGACUUGUACAAUAACAUGUUCACUACUGCCUGUCAGGCUGGUCCUUAUACACAGCCUGUUAACUGUAUAGCUUAAUAUUUAAGUGAUUUGGAAUACUGUGUAAGUGCACGCUCUUUAUUUUAUUCACUGUUUGUUUUUGUAUUUACUUGCUGAAUUAAUCACACGUUUUUCGGUGCUACGUACCGCACAUUACGCCUGCUUUCCAAUAAAACGUGCUGUGCAAUAAUCAAAUUAUCGCCAGGAGAUUGGUUUUGGAAAUGCUACUUGUUAAAUAGGUGCAUAAUAAAUUAAGUCAUGUAUUUAUGCCUCAAUCUAGAGGUGUCAAAAAUUUAUCAUGGGAAGUCACAAUAUAGUUCUCAGCUGUAAUGACUGUAUUUUUUAACCUAUUCUGGUCAGCUGCUUAGACACAGAGAAUGAGUGUCUUUAAAGCCUGAAAUAGUUUGACUGUCCCGUAAGGGAGUUUGGUGAUCAUUCAGAGAAUGCAGCUGGACAGAAAAAGGGCUUACGGGGGCAGAGGGAAAGAAAGAGCAGAGGGAAUAGUGAUACAAAAGCAUCAUUAAAUAUAUAUGCUAAUGUAAGCAGCGUUAGUGUCUGAAUAGGACUACUCAGCCAUAAUGAAUAUAAAAAUCGUGAAUGUAAAAUAUAGACAAUUUACCCUAUAUUUGAUCAUCAUGGUUAUAAUACUUCACACAGAAUCCUGAGGUUUGUACAAACACCGACUGCUAUUUGGAAGUGUUCACAAUUCCUUCCACCUCGGCUGAUGUCCUAGUUCCACUUGAAGGAGAGAAAAAAGUCCCAAAGCACCCACCACCAUGCUUUGUUGUAGGUUAUUUUACUCUUCCCUGCCUUGUUGAUUUUAUGUUUUCAGUAAAAUGUAGGUUACAUUAGUGGUGGAAGAAGAUUUGAGGUGUUUUCAUUUCACAAGAACCUGGCUUUCAUUUGGGGUAUGUCGAUUUUUUUUUAGCUUUA